GCAUGGUUCAACACUCAGUCCGAACUUUCGACGAGAACUGUAGUACGCCGCUGCGUGAAUCAGAAAUGCGGUUGAUGUACCACGAUGGAUCCACUCUGACCCGAUUGUUGGUACUAUCAUUCAAGGGUCACUCGCAAUAAACGGAUUUGGCGUUCGCGGAAAUAUCCAAGAUUCUCCCAGGGUGUUGCUACUGCACUAAGUACUACUCAACUUCUGAAAUUGCUCUUCGACCCCCCACCUCCAAUGCCGCGUCUUUCCUACACGGUCUCUAAGGGAACAAUCUACGCUGUUCUUCUGACACUCUUCGUUUCCUUUUGCUCCAACCUCUUGACCCUUUGGAUACUACAGGGUUCCAAGCUAACCCCCCUCGCUGUUCAAAUCAAAGAUGACAGCGUACUGUUUCUCCCAGCCAACGUCCGAUAUGCAUCAUUGACUGUCGAAGAGUCCGAUCGUUACGAUCCCCACAAUGAGCACGAUUGGUCUUCACUCUUCCCAAAGGGCCACGGAUUCGUUCGUCUCCCCUCCAUCGAUCCGGAGGACCCCUCCGGCCACGCAUUCUUUGCAAUCUCAAUGUACCACCAACUUCACUGCCUAAACAGUUUCCGCCGCCUAACUGUCAGCGCCGCAUCCGGAAAUGUCUCUCAACAUCACCUGGACCACGCUGUCCAUUGCCUAUCUUACCUUCGACAGCUCCUCCUUUGCCACGCGGACGUCGCACUCGAGCCCGCAAGACCUGCUGAUACCGUCAAUGGCGGACAGACACAGGCUGUGUACGGCGAGGGUACUACCCAUGUGUGCCGUGAUUGGGCGCAGGUAAGGGCUUGGGCUGAGGAUAAUUACGAUGAGUGGCGCAAGGACGAUGUGUACGAGGUUAGUGAGGGGGGAAUGCUUGUCAAUGUCAAUGCGGCAGCGGGUACGAGUCCUCAUCGACAUGCCCAUGCCACAGAUAGCAAUAGCACCAAGCCUCAGCAUAGCCAUGAUCACCACCAUCAUGGCCAAGUAAAUAAUUGACAUUUGCGUACUUGCAUACAUACAUAGUUUGAAUCUGAAAUUCAAUUUGAUCUUUUCACCAGCUUA